CUCUUCCCCCAAACUGCAAGCAACUCAUUAACUCAUUCAUACAUUUUCCUUCAUUUUCUCUGCGAAUUCGAAACCGAAAACGCAAGAAAUUUUUCAUUUUUUCUUGAUUCCCAGCAACUUUUCAAUCUGGGUUUUGCUUGAAUAUUCAUAUUAACUUUGUUUUAUACCAAAAAAAAAAAGAUGACAGAAGCGAGUAAGAAAAGCAUGAAUCCAGACCCAGUUCAUGUUCAAAGCACAGCUUCAUCAAACGAAACAAGAUCAAACAACAAUCUCCCCAAUUUUCUUCUUUCAGUGAGGCUAAAAUACGUGAAGCUCGGCUACCAUUAUUUAAUCUCCAACGCCAUGUAUUUAAUGCUGGUGCCGUUGUUAGCCAUUGCUUCAGCUCAUCUCUCAACGCUCACGGUCCUUGAUUUGGUUCAACUAUGGGACCAACUCAAGUUCAAUCUUGUCUCUGUUACUUUAUGUUCAGGCCUUUUGGUUUUUUUAGCCACCCUUUACUUCAUGAGCCGUCCCCGGAAAGUUUAUUUGGUGGAUUUCGCUUGUUAUAAGCCGGAGCCUGAACGGACUUGUACCAGGGAGAUUUUCAUGGAGAGAUCGGGUCUUACUGGAAGUUUCACUGAAGAGAACUUGGCUUUUCAAAAGAAGAUACUGGAGAGGUCUGGUUUAGGGCAAAAGACGUAUUUGCCUGAGGCGGUGUUGCGUGUACCGCCGAACCCUUGUAUGGCGGAGGCAAGGAAAGAAGCGGAGGCAGUGAUGUUUGGUGCCAUUGAUGAGCUGUUGGAGAAGACUGGUGUUAAGGCUAAGGAUAUCGGUAUCCUUGUGGUGAAUUGUAGCUUGUUUAACCCUACACCGUCGCUCUCCGCCAUGAUUGUUAAUAGAUAUAAGCUUAGAGGCAAUAUUUUGAGCUAUAAUCUUGGUGGAAUGGGUUGCAGUGCUGGGCUGAUUUCUAUUGACCUUGCUAAACAAAUGCUACAGGUACAUCCUAACUCUUAUGCCUUGGUGGUGAGCAUGGAGAACAUUACUCUCAACUGGUACUUCGGCAACGACCGAUCCAUGCUAGUCUCUAACUGCUUGUUCCGUAUGGGCGGUGCCGCGAUCCUUCUAUCAAACCGGUCAUCCGAUCGCCGCCGCUCCAAGUACCAACUCAUCCACACCGUACGAACCCACAAAGGAGCCGACGACAAAUGCUACAACUGCGUCUUCCAACGUGAGGACGACACCAAACGGAUCGGCGUUUCCCUCUCCAAAGACCUCAUGGCGGUCGCCGGCGAAGCCCUCAAAACCAACAUCACCACCCUCGGUCCAUUAGUCCUCCCCAUGUCCGAACAACUCCUCUUUUUCAUCACUUUAGUAGCCCGAAAAGUCUUCAAAAUGAAGAUCAGGCCAUACAUCCCGGAUUUCAAACUAGCUUUCGAGCAUUUUUGCAUCCAUGCAGGUGGGAGAGCCGUGUUAGAUGAACUAGAAAAGAACCUUGAGCUCUCAGAUUGGCACAUGGAACCAUCGAGGAUGACACUUUACAGGUUCGGUAACACGUCGAGCAGUUCUUUAUGGUACGAACUAGCUUACUCGGAAGCCAAAGGAAGGAUCCGAAAAGGUGAUCGGACAUGGCAGAUUGCAUUCGGGUCAGGGUUUAAAUGCAACAGUGCUGUAUGGAAAGCACUGAAGACCAUUAAUCCAGCAAAGGAGAAGAGUCCAUGGAUUGAUGAAAUUGAUGAAUAUCCGGUUUAUGUGCCUAAGGUGGCCACUGUUUCUUCUUCUUCUUCUUCCCAGAAAGCCACAUAAUUUUCAUCAUUCAAAGGAAGACAGUAGAGAGAAAGAGAGGACAUAAUUAGUGAUUAUUAGAACUAUGAUUUAUUUUUUAUUUUUUUUACAUGUUUACUUGUGUGUUGAUUUGAAGAUUAAUUUAUUCCAAGUUGAAGAUA